AACACAUUCUGAAAAGUGUCGGAAAGUUGCCUCCACACUUCACCGCCAUUGUCCAAACGGGACGGUUCCGAAUAUAAGAAGAGACCCGCGGAUUAGUUGGGGACUUCCCCGUGUGUUUCCCCUUCUCCCGGACUCAGAAUUGUGACCCGUUCGUCCAUCUUUAAAGCUCUAGCGUGCUUUCAUUGUAAAUAGACUCAGCAGCUAACAUGUCACAGCAUUUCAGGAGCGGCCCAGCCUUCGGACUUUCCGCCGAGGUCAAGAGUAAGCUGGCAGGGAAAUAUGACCCACAUAUGGAGGAGGAGCUAAGGCUAUGGAUUCAGGAUGUGACCGGCAAGAGGAUUGGCGAGAACUUCAUGGAGAGUCUGAAAGAUGGAGUAGUGCUAUGCGAACUCAUCAAUGUUCUUCAGCCCGGUUCUGUAAAAAAGAUCAACCACUCCAGUCAAAACUGGCACCAGUUGGAAAACAUUGGAAAUUUUGUCCGUGCGAUCACCGAGUACGGCCUGAAGCCUCACGACAUCUUUGAGGCCAACGACCUGUUUGAGAAUGUCAACCACACUCAGGUCCAGUCCUCGCUUAUCGCUCUGGCGGGAAUGGCCAAGUCGAAAGGUUUCCACUCGAAGUAUGACAUCGGAGUGAAGUAUGCUGAGAAACAGCAGCGCCGCUUUGCUCCAGAGAAGCUCAGGGAGGGACGCAACAUCAUCGGCCUGCAGAUGGGUACCAACAAGCUUGCCAGCCAAAAAGGUAUGACCUCUUACGGCACAAGACGUCAUCUGUAUGACUCGAGGAUGGGCAUGGACAACCCAAUGGACCAGUCCACCAUCAGCUUACAGAUGGGUACCAAUAAAGGAGCCAACCAGUCUGGUAUGACAGCCCCAGGAACAAGGAGGCACAUCUUUGACAAGAAGCUGGAGCUGGAGAACUGUGACACCACCACUAUAUCCCUGCAGAUGGGCACCAACAAAGUGGCAUCCCAGCAGGGCAUGACUACCUACGGCCUCCCCCGCCAGGUUUAUGACAACAAGUACUGCGCCAACCCCACCGAGGCCUACUACAACAACGGGAGUGAAGUGGAGUUUGACGGAUACAACCAGUACUCUGACUAAGAGAACCACAGGCGGCCUCAGACAACCCCCUUCUUUGCUAAACUCCAGACAACCAACCACGACUUGUCUUAAUGAUGAGCAAACCCGCCCACCCAGACUGUUAUUUAAACACUGAUUUGACGUCAUUGUCGUCUCCAUUCCUGGCCUUUUUCGAAACAUUUUACUCUUGGGAAAUGUUUCCAUGAGUAAAACAAUAAUAGUGUUUUUACUUUUAAAUUUUCAUGUUGUGGCCAACUUCUGUAUUUUCAUCCUAAAUCUUUAUUUUUUUCCUCUCUCUUUCUCUGAUGACUUUAAUCACUGCGAGAAUGGUACCAGACACUCAGAGGUUGAUAUUUAAUAGAUAUUUAUAGAUCAUUUUCCACAACAUUAUAUUCUUGUAUUGUAAUUAGAUGUCCCGACAACAGAAUUUGGCAGUUUCUGUCAUGGAGAAGUUACCAUGUUGGUGCUACUGAACCUUUUUGGGAGUCGGAUCCAUGUUUUCAUAGAAGCUUCGCAGGGCCCUCCUUCUUCAAAAGACCCUUAGAUUUAUAUGGACACUUUUUUAAAAAAAAAUCACCUAAUAUAGUCAGAAGCCUAACAUAUUGCCUUUUGAUUCCGUAGACUGGUACAAGUACAAUUGAUGCGGUUCGUGUGGAAUGUGUCUUUGGCUGUUGAAGUAUAAUACAAAUAUAGAGAGGGGUCUAGACAUGCUUGAAAGCUGAUUUACUUAUAGUCACCACAAAUUCUUACACAGCAAAGAGGCUUGCUUUUAUUAUUUUAUACAAGAAAAAAAAUGCCUUUUUUGCCUUUUGUGAACUUCUCUCAGCUUCGACGUUGUCGCUCUGCUCAGAACGCAGGAUCAGUUGUUGUUAAACACACACGCGAGUUUCUCUUAUCAAGCUACUGUACUGUACUGUUGGAACCCACCACUUUAUCUUGAAUGUAAUGUUGCUAUUCGUGCCACAAGCUGUGAUGGAUGCACUGCGAUGGAAAAUGUUAAGCUGGCACGCAAGCUAUGCACACGUCACCAGUACAUUUUUCAGACUGAAGUGUGGCUCAUACUGUUAGAUUUGCAGUCCCUGUGCUAUUAGCAGAUAUCAAACGUGAAUGCGCCAAAAGCAGCUUGGAGUGGAGCGCCAUCUAGUGUCCCGAAAGCUUCCCACCAGGUACACGAACAGUCACAUCUUUUAACAUUCCUUUAAUUGAAUGAGUUGAGGAAAAGCAGUUUUUACAGUGCAUUUACUGAUCUGUGAUGUCUACAAUGGCGAUAGUUAAUGGUAACAUUUCACUUUUCAAGAGUUGGCUGUGUUUCGACAUUGUACUUAAGUUCUUUCUUUUUCUAUAAUGGCUUUCACUAAACAUGACAUUUGUGCAAUAAAAACACAUUAAAAAUAC